AUGCAACCGUCAAGGUCUAAAUCGCCAUCCGCGGAUGCACCCUCUGCUUCUAAACUAAAAUUGUUCUCUGAAGAGCAAGACAAAACUCAAGAAGCAUUAAGCACUUUUACUGAGAUAAAAAAAUGUCAAUACGCCGGAAAAGACUUAGGAAAUUCCAAUAGCAAUGAUUUCAUGGAAUGUGACUGUUACGAAGAAUUUCAGAACGGUAUAAAUCAUGCAUGUGGUGAAAACUCUGAUUGUAUCAACCGCCUUACACUUAUUGAGUGUGUUAAUGAUCUAUGCGGGUCAUGUGGUAACGAUUGUCAGAAUCAGCGCUUUCAGAAACGUCAAUAUGCAGAUAUCUCUGUAUUUCAAACGAAGAAAAAGGGAUAUGGAGUGCGAGCUGAGCGAGAUCUUCAAGCGCAUGAAUUUAUUUAUGAGUAUAUUGGUGAGGUAAUUGCAGAAGAUGAUUUUCGCGAAAGGAUGGUAGAAUACGAUCAAAGAGGCUUCAAACACUUUUACUUUAUGAUGCUACAAACGGGAGAAUUCAUCGACGCUACUGUAAAGGGUUCAUUGGCAAGAUUCUGCAAUCACUCUUGUAAUCCAAAUGCCUAUGUCAAUAAAUGGACUGUUGGAGGUAAGUUGAGGAUGGGGAUAUUUGCUAAUCGUAAUAUAGUCCGUGGAGAAGAAAUCACUUUUGAUUACAAUGUUGAUCGCUAUGGAGCAGCAGCCCAGCCAUGUUACUGUGAGGAACCUAAUUGUAUAGGGUUCAUGGGAGGUAAAACUCAAACCGAUGCUGCGUCAUUACUACCACAGAAUUACGCCGACGCACUGGGGGUACGUCCUUCGAUAGAGAAGAAGUGGAUCAAGUCUAAGAAGGCUAGUGGUGAGAAAAUUGUUAAGGGUGAAAUUAACAACAUAAAUGUGGAGUUUGUUGAAUCAUUAGAGUUGACACCUUGUGAUAGUUUCGAUGAUGUUUCUAAAGUUAUGAGUGUCCUGUUACAAAUCGACGACAAGCUCAUUGCUGAAAAACUGUUGGAAAGAGUAUUGCUUACUGAGGAUCAGAAUCUCCAUUAUCAGAUCAUAAAGCUUCACGGUUAUAGAUGUUUUACCCAACUUCUAUCUUUAUUCGAAGAUAAUACCGAAUUGCAGUCUGAUCUUUUGCAGUAUCUCGAAACCCUUCCAAAAACUACCAAGAAUGGUAUUACAUCUUCACAGAUUGACCUUAAGGUGAAAGAGUUGAGCUCGAAUCCGCAACUUACAGAUUUAUGCCAAAAUCUAUUGUUCAAAUGGGAUAGUUUCGAAACCUAUAAACGGAUUUCGAAGAAAGACGUCUCAGAAUCGUCUCGAAGGAAAGAAGAUUUGAGGAGAAUACGGCUUCCACCUGGAUGGGAGAUAAUUCAUGAAAACGGGCGUCCGGUAUACUACAAUGCUCAGCAACAAACGAAGUUACAUACACCACCAAGCGGCACCAGCAAAACUUUUGGAAUGACAAGUGGAAGUAGACACUCUACACCAAGUGCAGAAAGUCCUGCUCCAGUAAGCGUCAGUCGCAAAAGACCUCAACUGGAUUCCGAAACCUAUGAGAAAAAGAAGUUACAAAGACUAGAAUUUCAGAGAAAGGAACUGGAACGACUCAAAGAAGAAGAGGUCCGACAGCUUAAGGCCAAAAUGCAGCUGGAAGAUUUGAAGAAGUCUGAAUUGGAAAAGAUAAUCGCUGAAGCAAAUCGGCAAAAGGAAAUUGAAAAAGAAGAGAAAUUGAAAAAGGAUGAGAAAGAUAAGGAAGAACGUAGGAAAAAGUUACAGAAAAGCAAUGGUGACCAUAUGCUUCACAAGUGGAACAAAUUUUUUGCUGGAUUUGUGCCAAAUAUGGUUAAGCAUUUCGAGAAAGAUUUAGGCCACGAGCACAUAAAGCAAUGUUCGCGGGACAUAACAAAGAUUUUAUCUUCGAAGGAGUUGAAAAAAGACCCAAAAAAGUGCCCUCCCCCAGAGUUGAGUAAGGAGAAGAAAGUAAAGGUGAAAGAGUUCAUCAAGAGUUACAUGGAAAAAUUCUCCAAGAAGUACGCGCACAAGACAAAGAAGUUAGCCGGGAGCUGA